AUUGUUGGUAUUGAAAAUAAACCAAAAGGAAAGCUUUGCUUUAACUUUCCCCCAACAGGAAGGAAUUAUGUAGUAGAAGCCAAGACACAGGCCCAGACUGGGGCCACGGGCAAGAUUGUGGCCGUCAUUGGUGCUGUGGUCGAUGUACAGUUUGAUGAGGGCCUACCGCCUAUUCUCAAUGCCUUGGAGGUACAGGGACGCCCCACUAGGCUGGUGCUGGAGGUAGCACAGCAUCUAGGUGAAAACACGUGUCGUACCAUCGCCAUGGAUGGCACAGAGGGUCUGGUCCGAGGUGACAAGUGCUUGGACAUUGGCUCUCCAAUCAGGAUCCCCAUUGGUCCCGAGACGCUAGGCCGCAUCAUGAAUGUCAUCGGGGAACCCAUCGACGAGAGAGGCCCCAUCGUUACAGCCAGCAAAGCAGGUAUUCACCAGGAGGCUCCGGAGUUUGUGGAGAUGAACUUGACCCAGGAAAUCCUGGUGACUGGUAUCAAGGUGGUGGACCUUCUAGCCCCCUACGCUAAGGGAGGCAAGAUCGGUCUGUUCGGCGGUGCCGGCGUGGGCAAGACCGUACUGAUCAUAGAACUUAUCAACAACGUGGCCAAGGCUCACGGUGGUUACUCUGUCUUCGCCGGUGUCGGGGAGCGCACCCGCGAGGGCAACGAUCUCUACCAUGAGAUGAUAGAGGGCGGUAUCAUCAGCCUCACGGACGACACCUCCAAGGUGGCGCUAGUGUACGGUCAGAUGAAUGAGCCGCCAGGCGCCCGUGCCCGCGUCGCCCUGACUGGACUGACCGUGGCCGAGUACUUCCGUGACCAGGAGGGACAAGACGUGCUGCUCUUCAUCGACAACAUCUUCCGAUUCACCCAGGCUGGCUCUGAGGUGUCUGCCUUGCUGGGUCGCAUCCCGUCCGCUGUGGGUUACCAGCCAACCCUGGCCACGGACAUGGGUACCAUGCAGGAAAGGAUCACCACCACCAAGAAGGGAUCCAUCACUUCGGUGCAGGCAAUCUAUGUGCCCGCUGACGACUUGACCGAUCCCGCUCCUGCCACCGCUUUUGCUCACUUGGACGCCACCACCGUGCUGUCCCGAGGCAUUGCUGAGCUGGGUAUCUACCCCGCCGUGGAUCCGCUGGACUCCACCUCCCGUAUGAUGGACCCCAACGUGGUCGGCGAAGAGCAUUACUCCGUCGCCAGAGGCGUGCAGAAGAUCCUUCAGGACUACCGUUCGCUUCAGGACAUCAUCGCCAUUCUGGGUAUGGACGAGUUGACCGAAGACGACAAGCUGACCGUGUCGCGGGCCCGUAAGAUCACUCGUUUCCUGUCCCAGCCCUUCUCGGUGGCCGAGGUCUUCACCGGUUCCCCAGGCAAGCUGGUACCCAUCGCCGACACCAUCUUGGGAUUCAAGCAGAUCCUGAACGGAGAUUAUGAUCAUCUUCCCGAGAUUGCCUUCUAUAUGGUGGGCGACAUCAGCGAGGUUAUAGCAAAGGCGGAGAAACUGGCCGAGGAUCAAUAGUAGAGGGCGCACUUCAGCACGCGCUGCCCGUCGGUAUUGUACUGCAGUGCUUCAGCCUGUAGAUUUAUUAACAGAUUUGAAUAAGAUAUGAGGUCACGUGAUCUUGGAAGAAGUCUCGGGCCAGGUUUUUUUGUUUAUCUAUUUAAGAGUUUUUCUUUGAUUUGAUGCAAAAUUUGAAGUUUUGUUUGUAUACAGCAUCAUGAAGAUUGAACGACAAUGUUGAAGUGGUUGAGGAUUUUAAAAAUUAUUUGCUUUGAUACUAGUUAGUAGGCCUUAAAAGAGUUUGACAGACCUGAACAUAGUAAUGGUUUAUCAACAAGAUGCAAAGGUUAAAAUAUCUGUUUACAGUAAUUGAGGUAAUAGAAUUAGGCUGCCCACAUCAGCAACAAAUUUGUGAUCAGAAAACAUUCAAGAUUCAUUCAGUUCUAAAAAGCAUAGAAAUGUCCAUUGUUUCAAACUGCAAUGACUCCAAAUAUUUUGAAGACUUUCUUUCAAACUUUGCUCACCGUAAGUUUAAGUUAAAUAACGU